CACGUUCUAUAUCGCCGCUUCGGGCUUUGUAUCAGGGGUGGCACUUUUUGUAUUAAUUAUUGUAUUGCUGACAAAAUUUAGAAAAGCGAGGAAAGAUCACAAAGUUAUAAUAAAGAACAAAGACCACGAACUGAUGGAACUGACUAAUGUUUUCAACAUUGACUCUAAAGAGUUGAAACUACGAAAACGAAUUGAUAAAGAUUGUCCUGGUGGAUACGGUGAAGUGUACCAAGCAGAGUAUAGAGAAAUGAUGGUAGCCGUCAAGAAGCUGCAAGGAAUACAUAUGGAACUCGAUCGUAUCGAGUUAGAGUUCGAGAGAGAGAUCGAAGUGAUGAGAGCCAUCAGACAUUCAAACAUUGUUCUGUUCAUAGGAGGAGGUCGGUAUCACGACGAUGGAUGUCCGUUCCUUGUAGUAGAGUACAUGGCGAGAGGAUCACUAACUAGUAUUUUAAAAAAUAGGAGAAUAGAUUUGGAAGAUAAUCUAAAGUUGAGGUUUACUAUUGAUGUCACCAGGGGAAUGAGAUUUCUGCACAGUCAACGUCCACCUCGAGUGCAUCGUGACUUGAAGAGCAGCAAUCUGUUGGUGAGUCAACAAUGGGUAGUGAAGGUGGCCGACUUCGGAUCGGCUCGAUUGGUGAAAGACGAAGGAAUCAGUCAAGAGGCAGUACGAGGAGCGGGACCACUCGACCUGACAGCUCCACUUCUUGGUGCAGAUUAUCAGUUAUCAUCAGGUGUUGGAACACCAAGUUGGUGUGCUCCAGAGAUACUGAGUGGACAAGGAUAUGGAACAGCAGCCGAUGUUUACAGUUUUGGUAUUGUGAUGUGGGAAAUUUGGUCGAGAGAACUCCCGUAUGUGGAUCGCAGUUUCCAAUCUAUCCUCGACUUGAAAGCAGCCGUUCUCGGUGGCGUUAGGCCAAGCGUUCCACAAGGCGAACACAGCCACUACGUCGAACUAAUGCGUGACUGUUGGUCGUGUGAUGAGACCUCCAGACCUACGUUUCACGAGAUUGCGAUCAGACUGGAAGAAAUGAGCGACAACUAUUGUCCUUUUGGCGAAAGGAAGUAGUUUACACGUUAUCGUUUGCUUGCUGGCGUUUAAUUAAUUAAUAGUGUUAAUUGUUUGCUGAACACUAGAAUACGAUGCUGUUCGGCAUUUAGUCUAGAUAAUUAGCAAUAGACUGCGUCAGAACUGCUGCAGCUGAUUCUAUUGAUAUUAAUGUCAACGCUUGCUUAUUCAUUGUCACACCAAGUUGGUGUAAUG